CCACAACAUCACCCAUGGCUGAACUAGAUCUGGAAUCUAGCACUGAAACAAGCUAUUAGUCGAUGAGAGGAUCGGUUUUCGAGAUUUUCACUUUAAUAGGAGGAGUACUAUCUGGGUAAGAAGAGAAUAGAGAGACGGGUCCGGGAAGACAAUGGAUUUGGAAUCAGUGAAGAAAUUGUUGGAGACAACAACAUCAUCAGAAGGGGAAGAAAUUUAUGACUCACCAGGUUCAUCAUUCGACCCUUUAAUCAUUCAAGGAAUCAAAGUUGAUCUUAUUGAACCAGGUCGAAUUAUAUGCUCCAUGAAAGUCCCUCCUCGUCUCCUUAACUCUGGUAAUUCUCUACAUGGUGGAGCAAUGGCAUCCCUUGUUGAUAUAAUUGGGGUUGCUGCAAAGAACACAGCUGGUGCUAAAGCUAGUGGCGUUUCUGUGGGAAUCAACAUUUCUUACCUGGAUUACGUGUAUCUUGAUGAAGAAAUUGAGAUUGAAGCGAAUGUUGUACGGGUCGGAAAAGCAGCCAGAGUUGCCAUGGUAGAGUUAAGGAAGAAAAAAACUGGGAAAAUUGUUGCUCAGGGGCGCCAUACCAUGUACCUUGCUGUCUCUAGUAAACUUCGUUAAUUCGACCCAAUGAUUCCUAAACUCCAGGCACCUAGCGAAUAGAUAUGGAUAGUGAUAGAUCCAGCAGAUUUUAUUUUUAUUUAUUACUCCAUUCAUCCAUGUUUACUUGUUUAAUUAUGGUUUUUCAUACAGUACACCCUUGAUAGAAGUCUUCAAACCCUUAAUUGAAGAUUACUAUUGUGGGCAUCAGCUGCAGGGCAUAGAGUGUACCUUAGUGAUGAACAAUUGGGAGGCAAUUUUUAUGUAAUUUUGUGUAAUCUUCUUUUCUGUUUUUUUCUACCUUGGUAGACUCGAUGUACAUUCCUUUCUCUAAUGA